CUGCGCGUCUGGCGGGAAUCUGAGGACCCGCGCAGUGUCAACAGAUCGUCAGGAGUUUUAUUCGAGUUUAUUUGAUCAUAAAGAGAUUUAUUGUGAUCUACAUCGAUCAUAUUAAGGAGCAGAGAUGCAGGCGUUUCUGAAAGGCUCAUCCUCACAGAGUGUUAAAGCUCAGAAGCCUUCAUCAUCAUCAUCCUCAGCCGGAGAGAAGAAGCAGAGAGCAGUGCCAUGGGUGGAGAAAUACAGGCCCAAGUGUGUGGAUGAAGUGGCGUUUCAGGAGGAGGUGGUGGCGGUGCUGAAGAAGUCUCUGGAAGGAGCAGAUCUGCCGAAUCUGCUGUUUUAUGGGCCUCCAGGAACAGGAAAGACCUCCACCAUCCUCGCUGCAGCCAGAGAGCUUUAUGGGCCGGAUCUGUACCGUCAGCGAGUGCUGGAGCUGAAUGCGUCUGAUGAGCGCGGGAUUCAGGUGGUCCGAGAGAAGGUGAAGCGCUUCGCUCAGCUGACCGUGGCCGGCACACGACCAGAUGGUAAGGCCUGUCCACCGUUUAAGAUCAUCAUCCUGGACGAGGCGGACUCUAUGACCAACGCUGCGCAGGCAGCUCUGCGGCGCACCAUGGAGAAGGAGUCGCGCACCACACGCUUCUGCCUCAUCUGUAACUACGUCAGCCGGAUCAUCGAGCCGCUGACCUCCAGGUGCUCAAAGUUCCGCUUCAAACCUCUGGCCAACAAGAUCCAGCAGGAGAGAAUACUGGAGAUCUGCAGGAAAGAGAACCUCAAGUACACCACUGAGGGUGUGGACGCUCUGGUGCGUGUGUCAGAAGGAGACCUCCGCAAGGCCAUCACUUUCCUGCAGAGCGGCGCCAGACUCAACGCUGAGCGGGAAAUCACAGAGCAGACCAUCAUAGAGAUCGCCGGGGUGGUUCCUCCUAAAUUGAUCCAGUCUCUCCUCCACAUCUGCUUUAAUGGCACGUUUGAGAAGCUGGAGGUCGCAGUGAAGGACAUGAUUGAUCAGGGAUACGCUGCUACUAAUCUCCUCAACCAGCUGCACGACAUCAUCAUUGAGGAACGGCUGAGCGAUAAGCAGAAGUCCGUCAUCACUGAGAAGAUGGCCGAGGUGGACAAGUGUCUGGCAGAUGGAGCAGACGAGUAUCUGCAGCUGCUGAGUCUCUGCUCGGUCAUCAUGCAGCAGGCCACACAGAACAACUAAUUCACCAAUCACCUGCUCCGUUACACCUGAACGACCAAUCAGCUGCUCUGAUACACUUCUGACGACCAAUCAGCUGCUCUGAUACGCUUCUGACGACCAAUCAGCUCCUCUGUCAUCAGCAUUGGCGCUGAUUUCACACAAAACUGCCCAGACUUUAGUUUUCAACAUUUUUUUGUACAUUUAAAGUUUGUAAUUAAAAACUAUUUCAUAUACUA